AUUUCUGCAGCACAAAGCACUGGUUCUGGGGCUUUACAAAAGCGUCAGCCUGGACGCCCGAGAGCUCCGACCUCCAGCGGUGAAAGUACUUUAUCUUGCACCCGGAAGGUCCUAGGGAUCUUCAACCUCCACUGAGGGAAAACGAAGCGAGGGUUAUUACGCUGCGGGGCUGCAAUGGCGGCUCCUUCUCAUCGCCCAGGGUGCAGCCGGCUGGUCCAGAUCGGCCUUCUCCUGGCGUCCCUGUGGGAAAUCCGGGCUGAACAGAUCCACUACUCGGUGCCGGAGGAGUUGGAGAAAGGCUCCUUGGUGGGCAACAUCGCCGAGGACCUGGGACUGGAGCCCCGGGAGCUGGCGGAGCGCGGAGUCCGCAUCGUCUCCAGAGGUAGGACGCAGCUUUUCGCUCUGAACCCGCGAGGCGGCAGCUUGGUCACCGCGGGCAGGAUAGACCGGGAGGAGCUCUGUGACAGAUCCCCCAAGUGUGUGGCAAACCUGGAGCUUCUCCUAGAGGACAAAGUAAAGAUUUUUGGAGUAGAAGUGGAAAUAAUUGAUAUUAAUGAUAACGCGCCCACGUUUGGGACUGAACAGAGGGAAAUAAAAGUUGCUGAAAGUGAAAAUCCUGGGACAAGAUUUCCCCUUCCUGAAGCUUUUGAUCCGGAUGUAGGUGUAAAUUCCCUGCAGGGUUAUAAACUCAGUCCUAAUGGUCACUUCUCCCUGGACGUGCAAAGUGGAGCCGACGGAAUUCAGUAUCCGGAGUUGGUGCUGGAGCGCGCCUUAGAUCGCGAAGAAGAGGCGGUUCACCACCUGGUCCUCACCGCCUUCGACGGAGGCGACCCGGUUCGCUCUGGCACUGCCAAGAUUCACAUAACACUUAUGGAUACCAAUGAUAAUGCUCCUGUAUUCUCUCAGGCCGAGUACCACGUAAGUGUUCGAGAGAAUGUGCCUGUGGGCACCCGGCUGCUCACGGUAAAAGCCACUGAUCCAGAUGAAGGAGCCAAUGGAGAAGUGACAUAUUCUUUCCGGAAAGUAAGAGAUAAAAUAUCCCAGCUAUUCCAAUUGAAUCCUCUGACUGGGGACAUAACGACAUCAGGGGAUCUAGAUUAUGAGGAGUCUGGAUUCUAUGACAUAGAUGUGGAAGCCCACGACGGACCCGGACUUCGAGCCAGAAGCAAGGUACUGGUGACAGUUUUGGAUGUAAAUGACAAUGCUCCAGAAGUCACAGUUACAUCUCUCACCAGCUCAAUCCAAGAGACUUCUUCCCCAGGUACAGUAAUUGCACUUUUCAAUGUGCAUGACAGUGAUUCGGGAGAGAAUGGCCUUGUCAUGUGUUCUAUUCCAGAUAAUCUGCCAUUUGCACUUGAAAAGACCUAUGGAAAUUAUUAUCGGUUGUUGACACACAGAACUCUGGACAGAGAAGACAUCUCAGAAUAUAACAUCACAGUAACUGCCACUGACCAGGGAGCUCCACCCCUGUCUACAGAAACUCAUAUUUCCUUGCAGGUGUUGGACAUCAACGACAACCCACCCACCUUUCUUCACACCUCCUACUCCACCUACAUUCCGGAAAACAAUCCCAGAGGAGCCUCCAUCUUUUCCAUGACUGCUCAAGACCCUGACAGUGGGGACAACGCCCGAGUCACUUACUCUCUGGCCGAGGACACCCUCCAGGGGGCGCCUCUCUCCUCCUAUGUCUCCAUCAACUCCAACACUGGCGUCCUGUAUGCACUGCGCUCCUUUGACUAUGAGCAGUUUAGAGACCUGCAGCUACUGGUGACAGCCAGUGACAGUGGGAACCCUCCACUCAGCAGCAAUGUGUCACUGAGCCUGUUUGUGCUGGACCAAAAUGACAAUGCACCUGAGAUCCUGUACCCCGCCCUCCCUACAGAUGGCUCCACUGGUGUGGAGCUGGCUCCCCGCUCUGCAGAGCCUGGCUACCUGGUGACCAAGGUGGUGGCAGUGGACAAGGACUCAGGCCAGAAUGCCUGGCUGUCCUACCGCCUGCUCAAGGCCAGCGAGCCUGGGCUCUUCACGGUGGGGCUGCACACAGGUGAGGUGCGCACUGCACGAGCCCUGCUAGACAGAGACUUGCUCAAGCAGAGUCUUGUGGUGGCCGUCCAGGACCACGGCCAGCCCCCUCUCUCGGCCACUGUCACACUCACCGUGGCUGUGGCCGACAGUAUUCCUGAGGUUCUAGCUGACCUGGGCAGCCUCAAGCCUUCAGCAGACCCGAAUGACUCAGGCCUCACACUCUAUCUUGUGGUGGCAGUGGCUGUUGUGUCCUGUGUCUUUCUGGCCUUUGUUAUUGUGAUGCUGGCACUCAGGCUGCGCCGCUGGCACUCGUCGCACCUGCUCCAGUCUUCGAGAGGCAGGUUGGCAGGUGUGCCCGCCUCACACUUUGUGGGUGUGGACGGGAUGCGGGCUUUUCUGCAGACCUAUUCCCACGAGGUCUCCCUCACCGCAGACUCGCGCAAGAGCCACCUGAUCUUCCCCCAGCCCAACUACGCGGACACACUCAUCAGCCAGGAGAGCUGUGAGAAAAGCGAGCCUCUCCUUAUAACUCAGGAUUUACUCGAAACAAAAGGAGAUUCUAAUCUUCUUCAGGUGAGUCAAUCUUAUAAUACAUCUUACCACAUUGAAAUAUAGACACAGAGCUGUGUAAAUGUCUCCAAUUAUAUGAGAUGUAAUAUAUCAAAUAAAGGUACUUUUAAU